AUGGUAGCAUCCGAACUCACCGUGCGGCUAUCGCAGUACUUUGGCGCAUACAUUGCGAGCGACCCUUCGCUGCUGGCGGAAGCCACGUCGAUCUGCAAGCACUACAACGUGACGCCCGAAGACCUGUUCUACAAAUGGGAAGCGUUCGCAAUCAAUAACAAGCUGCCCAAAUCCGAGCCGCUCACCAUCGAGCAUGCGAGGGAGCUACGAAAGAUAAUCGCCACCAGUGUGAAUGCCACCAUGGCUGCCGGCGUUGCAGCUGCCGACCAUGCGCAGACGCCGCUCAAGCCUUCCAGCGCGUUGAACCGCGGCAGAAUCGCUGGUGACUUUUCGGCCAUGCUCGGCAUCAAGUCGACACCCAACAAGGGCACGGCUGCCAUCGAUCGAGGUGUAAAUGCGAAUGCGAAUGCGAAUGCGAAUUCGAACCCGAAUGCAUUUCAAACACCGGUGAGGGCGGUGAGCUCGAGCAUCCACUCGCCGUUCGGUGGUCACGGUGCUACGCCGGCUAGCGCGUCGGCAUACAAGCCGCCGAUAGGAGCGAUGGGAGCGAGAGAUGGUGAUGUUCACAUGUCGGAUAUCGACUCUCCUAUUCGAUCGGUACCGGGAGACGUUACUGCUGCUGCAUCGUCAUCUUCGACGUCGAAGCGGGCGCAAUUUUCGAUUGUGGAAUCGCUGAAUGAGCAUCACGCACUCACUGGAUCCGGGAGCCAGCUUGGCGUGGUGUCGUCGAGCAAGAAAUCAUCGCGCGUCGCACUGGCUACGGCGACCAAUGUGAAGGCAUGGAAUUAUCGAUACAUGUACGAAAAAAAGGGCGAGCGAUCUCAAGUGCUCGAUGAGCGGAUUGACGAGUUUGCGUCUAUGUUGCGGAGCGCAUAUGCAAUUGACGAAUCGGAAGAGUUCGGAGACCCGUCGCUGGCGUCACAGGAAGCGAUCUGGGUAGUGGGUCGAAUCUGUGCUGCUCUUCCAGCACCACAGAGCUCGGCGGGCGAAGCGAUGCGAGCAAAAGCCAAAGCGAAAGCGGCAGCGAGUGGCAAGACGAAUGGCGAUGUUGAUGGCACGCUCGCUUUUGGGUUACCGAAACUCGCCGAGACCGGGGUGGUGCUGGAAUCGUCGCGCAUGAUGGGCUCUGGCAACCGAACGCCGCUCGUUUUCGAUAAAGGAUGUAUCGUCAAGCACACGCCGCAAGAUGCAGGGACGGGAGGGGCGGCGACGACGCUCAGUCUGUUUCCUGGGCAGAUGGUGCUGUGUCGAGGGAUCAAUGCGGGAGCCGACAAGUUUAGCGUGAGCGAGAUCUGUUUGCCGCCUCCGUUGCCGUUGGCGGUUCACACGGUUGACGAUGCUCUGGACCGUUGGUACGCCACGGAUAAACUCAAUGGGACGGCGUUGAACGUGGUUGCUGCGUGCGCGCCGUACACGGACGAGGCCGACUUGCACUUUGCAGCAUGGCACCGGUUGAUGGAUGCGCUCGAAUCCGGCGGUCUGCCAAGCAGCGAUUCCGAGACCUCGAGACGUGGCGUUCCCGACACACUGGUUCUGUGCGGACCGUUCAUCUCGAGCAAACAUGCACACCUUGCGUUCAGCACCGACACUCCGGCCGAACUGUUUAUCGAGCACUUUACACGGCGGUUGAACGAGCUGGUGACGCGAUAUCCGGCGACGACGGUGGUCAUGAUUCCGAGUACCGACGAUAUCCUCAAUGUGCACAGUGCAUAUCCGCAGCCUGGAUUUAGCAAAGACGAUGCUGUCUCGUUGCGCCUACCGAAGCAGGUCAAGUGUCUUCCGAAUCCGAGCGUCUUGUUUGUCAACGAGCUCGUGCUCGGUGUUACCAGUGUCGACGUUCUUGCUGAUAUCAAGAGCGAAGAGAUGGUCACCAGGAUUCAAGCGUCGCCCAAUGCCACCGCAUCAGCGGCGUCCGCUGUGACGCAAAGUGUGGCGAGUAAGAACAAGGAGACCAAUACUCGUUGGAGUCGAUCGCUUCUUUCGCAGCGUUCGUUUUAUCCACUGUUUCCACCUCCUACGCAAUCCGGGUUGAGCUACGAUACUUGUCACUCGCAUCUACUUGGGUUUCCUGCCGUCACACCUGAUUUGCUCAUCCUGCCUAGUCAAAAAGCAAACCCAUUCAUUCGGGUCGUUAACAGCGCCACUGUGGUUCAACCAGGCAGCGUCGCUCACUCCACGGUUGCCUGCAUCCAAAUCCGCCCGCUUCCCCGAGAUUAUCUACAGAGUCGAUCUCAAUUCGACACUAUCAAUGCAACCCUGUACGACAGGGCGCGCAUCGACAUUGUUACCAUCUAG